CAGUUCUGUUCUUGUCUCUGUCUUUUGUAAACCACACCACCGUGACGGUUUAAAACCUAAAUCUUCGUCUUCUGUGGUGGAUUUCUUCACGCCGGUUUCUCCUUACAGCGAUUUAUUGGUGGGGUUUGGCCGUGCCGUUUCUGAUUGUGGUCUCACUGCUUCUAUUUACGAUGUCAUGUUUAUUAUUUUGGCUACUCAACCAAUUAGAUAACGUGCAUGUAUCAACUUGCUUCAGCGUCUUGCAGGUUAUUCCAUCCCUGCGGAGAAUGGGAAUUGGAAAAAUGAUUGUUAAAAAAAUCCUGAGAAUGCUUACAAAUAGAGACAUCUAUGACAUAGCAGCCCUUUGCUCAGAGGAUGAGAGGUUGUUUUUUAAGGCUUGUGGAUUUGGUGGUGACAUUUUGAGCUCUACUACCAUGAUGUACACAAGAACUGCUUCAUCGACAACCCAGGAAGGCGAGAGCAAACCGUAACAUGUGCAGGCCAAAAGCUAUUGUUGGUUCCACCUCUGAUUGACAGACCCUACAAAUCAGGACAAUAAUAUAGAAUCCUAUUUGCUUCACUGUAUAAACAACUAGCAAAAAGAAGAUUGUCGUGGGAUCAACCAGAAGAGUUUCAAUGUUGCCAUUUUUGUCAUUCUUCGCUAGUGUAUAUUCAACUCUGCAGGGACAAUGUGCAGUUGCAAGAUUUUUUUGUCAUGCUUUCACUGUAAAUGCAAGAAACAUUGUGGCUUCUAGAACAUAUUGUUGUACAAAGCAUAUCGUAAAUUCACCUUCUAAAGAUUUCAGUGUCAUCUCACAAGUAUUCUAGAUGUUUUUGUCAUUAAACCAUAUAUUUUAUGUAAAAUGAUAUUUUUUGUGUGGAAAAGCUUAUGUAAAAUGAUAUUAAAUUGGUCUUUUAUAUAAAACACAACAUCACGUGAACUCCAAUAACACCCCCAACAAAUAAAUUAAAAAAAAGAAAGAAAGAAACAUGUGCUUAAACAUUAUGAGAUUCCUGUCUUCCUAGGAUAAACUCAACAGGGAAAGAAAAGAUUGACAACUUGACAGAAAGGUGUCCCCUGAAUGGAGCUUAAGUAUAAUGAUUUUCUGAUAUAAAAGAAAAGAAGCCUUUAAAGUACAGCAAAGCACGUUUAUUAGUUUCUUUUUCUGUGUAACCAUUGUCUGUCUAAAGAAGCUUAAAGGAUACAAGAUCCCUUUGAGUCUUGUUUUUUGUUUCUGCAUCCCAUAUGGGGAUUAUACAGGUCGAGUUCUGUUUGAUAUCUGCUCAUGGACUGCAUCAUUCCACGUCACUGUGGAAGCGCCAUUGGUAUGCUGUUGGGUGGAUUGAUCAUGACAGCAAAUAUUGCACCAAAGUUGAUGAUUCUGGGAACGCAAAUCCUGUUUGGAGAACCAAGUUUGCUAUUCCUGUUGAUGACUCGGCACUGAACAUCCGAGACUUGGCUUUGAAUGUGGAAGUUUACAGUAUAGACCCCAUAUUCUUCAAGGAAAAGCUUCAUGGCUCAACAACGGUUGGUCUGAAAGAGUUUCUUGUCAAGCAAUUAAAGAAUUCCGAGGUGUCCAUGCCAAAGCAAAAGGAGGUUCAGAGCUACCAAUUGCGAAAGAGGAAAUCCAGCAAAUCGAGAGGUUUUAUCGAUAUUUUGAUUUGUAUUUCGAAUGCAGAGAAAGAACUAAGUUCUCACACAGUAGGUAGCAAGGAAGGAACAGUGCUUUUAGAUUACGGCGACAAUAACCAGUGGACUGCACAGGAAAGAUUAAGGCAGGCUUACCCGCAGAAGCAGCCAAAAAAUCAUGCACACACGAAUGUGCCAGACUCCUAUUCAGUGCCACUCACCACUACAAUCUACUCUGAUCAAUAUGUGGGUGAACAAAGCUACCAUGCAGCAGCUGGACCAAGUUAUCAACCACCAAGAACUAGAACUCCUCCUCCACCAUCACCACCCUCUAAUGUCGGUUACAUUCCCACUUUUCUCCCAAGAAAUGAUGGCUUGCCUCCAAGCUUCACAGACAUACCACCGUCUAGGGAAGAACACGGUCAAAAGGUGCCUCCAGGAGUUGCAUUGGAAAUAACUGCUGAGGCAUUAGCAGCUGGUACUGUUAUUUUUGGCGAUGACUUCUUGCCAGGAUUUGAUGUCAUACCAUCGUAGGAGAUGCUAUUGCUAACAUAAAAGCUGAUUCUCCUUCCAGAACCAAACAUUAACCAGUUCAAAUAAUUACGUAUGGCUGCACGCAACCUAUCAGUAGUGUUGGCCAUUGUAUUUGGUUCCACAUUCUUAAGAUUGUUAUUCUGUCAAAUAAAGUGCUGAGAUUCAUUUCAGUCAUUGGUCUGAAACAUUAAGAUAUUUUAUCAUUUAUAAAUUAAAUUAGCAAUAUUUUCUUUCA